AUGUCUUAUAUGUUAGCACAUUUACACAAUGGCUGGCAAGUCGACCAAGCUAUUCUAUCGGAAGAAGACAGAGUGGUGGUUAUUCGUUUUGGCCACGAUUGGGACCCUUCUUGUAUGAAAAUGGACGAAGUUGUAUACAGUAUUGCCGAGAAAGUGAAAAAUUUUGCUGUGAUUUAUUUAGUUGAUAUUACUGAAGUACCUGAUUUUAACAAAAUGUAUGAAUUGUACGAUCCUUGCACUGUAAUGUUCUUCUUUAGAAACAAGCAUAUUAUGAUUGAUUUAGGUACAGGUAAUAAUAACAAAAUUAAUUGGCCUUUAGAAGAUAAGCAAGAAAUGAUUGAUAUAGUAGAAACAGUAUACAGAGGAGCAAGAAAAGGUAGAGGUUUAGUGGUAUCACCAAAAGAUUAUUCAACAAAAUACAGAUAUUAG